AUGGCAGAAAAGACCGAGAGCCCCGCCGCUGCUGCCCACCAGCCCAACGCGCUCGAGCGCCUCACGUCGCUCGUGACGGGCGAGGCAACGCCACCAGUCGCCGGCGAGUACCACACACACUAUGUCUUGGCUCGGCUGCGCGAGGACAAGCCCGCGCCGGGCAGGUUCCACAUGUGGGGAAUGCUCUUCACCCUCUUCCUCGUCAUGUUCCUUGCGGGCUGGAACGACGGCACGCAGGGCCCCCUCCUGCCCUCGCUGCAGGAGUACUACCACAUCAACUACCUCGUCAUCUCCAUCAUCUGGGUGUUCAACAUGCUCGGCUUCCUGCUCGCGGGCAUCACAAACGUCUUCCUGACCGACCGGCUGGGCUUCGGCAUCGUCGCGCCACUGGGCUCCAUGUGCCAGGUGCUCGGGUACAUCUUCAUGUGCUGGGGCCCGCCGUACCCGCUCUUCUGCUUUGCGUUCGUGUGUAACGGCUACGGGCUGGGCCUGCAGGACGCGCAGGUGAACAACCUGGUGUCGCGCCUGCCGAACGCGUCGAAUCUGCUCUUCCUCAUGCACGCGGUCUAUGGGCUUGGCGCGACGGCGUCGCCGCUCGUCGCGACCCAGUUCGUCAAGCACUUCAGGAGCAAGGUGUACUACUACUACUUUGUGUCGCUCGGCCUCGGCCUCGCGACGGCGCUGAUGCUGCUCGGCGUGUUCCAGCUGCGCACAGAGGACCAGGUGGCUGGACGGCGCGUCGAGGACCAGCCUGUGCCCGCCGUCGAGACCAAGAGCGAGGACGGCGGCGAAGCGGGUCCCGCCGAGCCUGCGUCACCGACGACCAAGACUGGCCCCACUUCGUCGGGCAGCAAGAUGAAGCAGAUCAUGAAGAUUGGUGCGACGCACUACAUGGCGCUGUUCAUCCUCCUCUACGUCGGUGUGGAGGUUGGCAUUGGCGGCUGGGCAACAUCCUUCCUCAUCGCGGAGCGCGGCGGCGGCGACAGCUCGGGCUACGUCUCGGCGGGGUACUUUGGCGGGCUGACGCUCGGCCGCGUCGUGCUGAUCCCCGUGACCAACCUGAUCGGCAAGCGGCUCUCGACGCACGUCUACACGGUCAUCUGCAUCGCGCUCAUGGUCGUCGUCUGGACAGUCAAGAGCCUGAUCGGGAACGCGGUCGCGUACGCUUUCGUCGGCCUGUUCCUCGGGCCAAUGUACCCCAUCGUCAUGAUUGUCAUCCUCGACGUCAUGCCGUUCGAGCUGCAGGCGGGCACGAUCGGCUGGAUCGCGAGCCUGGGCCAGGUUGGCUCCGCGUUCAUGCCAUUCGUCACUGGCGCCAUUAGCCAGCACUAUGGCGUGUGGAUCAUGCAGCCGCUCAUGAUCGCCAUCAUGGCCGUGUGGAUGAUCUGCUGGGCCCUCGUGCCCCGCAAGCGCGUCGAGUCGAAGCCAUAG